GAACGUUGAGGUUAUGGACAACUUCGUGAAAAUCGAGAAGAUAGGGGAGGGAACGUACGGGGUGGUCUACAAGGCCCGGGACAAGCUGACCGGGAAGCUGGUGGCGCUCAAGAAAAUCCGUCUAGAAACGGAAAAAGAAGGUGUCCCGUCUACCGCCAUUAGGGAGAUAUCGUUAUUAAAAGACCUCGCACAUCCAAACAUCAUACAGUUGUUCGACGUCGUGGACGGCAACAAUCAUCUGUACCUCGUGUUCGAAUUUCUGCAGCAGGAUCUGAAAAAGCUGUUAGAUUCCGUUAAGGGCGGUCUAGAACCAGCUCUCGUUAAGAGCUACCUGUCCCAAUUGCUGAAAGCGAUCUCCUUUUGCCACCUCCGUUGCAUAUUGCACCGAGACUUAAAGCCGCAGAAUCUGUUGAUAGACCGUGAGGGCCAUAUAAAGCUGGCCGACUUCGGACUGGCCAGAAUGAUCGGCGUGCCCGUUCGCACUUACACGCACGAGGUCGUCACCCUCUGGUAUCGCGCCCCGGAGGUGCUCCUAGGAACUAAAUUGUACACCUGUGCGCUGGACAUAUGGAGCCUCGGUUGUAUAUUCGCCGAAAUGGCGACCAGGAGAGCUCUAUUUCCCGGCGACUCCGAGAUAGAUCAAUUGUUUAGAAUAUUUCGCAUGCUCGGCACGCCGGACGAAACGAUCUGGCCGGGGGUGUCGCAGCUGCCAGACUUCACGUCUAGAUUCCCAAGAUGGGAAGCGGCUAACAUAGACGACGUUUUACCCACUUUCGACAACGAUGCCAAAGAUUUAAUUUCAGAAAUGCUGACGUACGAUCCUAAUCAGAGGAUUACGGCAAGAGUGGGAUUAAAUCAUCCUUAUUUCGCUGGGGUCAAAUUAGUUCCACCUCCACUGCCAAAAAAAAACUUGUGUACAUUUAUGGCCGAUUGAAUCACUGUAUUUUUAUAGACUUUUACAUGAAACUUAAAUGCGCAAUAUUUUUGGAGAGAAUUUUAAACUGCGAGUGUGUGUUCAAAAGUAUGUUAGAUUCUAAAUAUAGAUAUAUAUAUAUAUAUAUUUUUACUAUAAAUCUCACACAUAUAUAUAUGUAUAUAUUAAUUUUUGAUUUAUCAGUAUUAUCUUCCAUGCCCUCCUUCUCAUCCAUUCUCCACUUAUUGCACAAUGACAUAUUUCAAUUAUAUUUUUUUAAUUUUAAUUGUAUAUAUUGCGUAUAUAUUUUUUAUUUAUAUAUAUUUUUGA